AUCCCUCCCCAUGGGACAUCCCCACCUCGCACCCACCAACAGGUUAAACCGCCCCGCACCCCGUGACUCUGUUUACCACCACGAGUUAUUUAUAGGCCCCUGGCUCUGGGAUUUGAUUCCACAUCCGUGUGCAGGGCACGGCCCUAUUUAUAACCCCCUCCCGAGGCUCAGGGCCCCGCUCGCUGUGCCCGGAGCCUCCCGUGCCCCGCGGGGCUCGCCAUGGCCCGCGAGUCGUUCGCCUUCAGCCCGUCGGCGCUGCGCUCGCUGCGGCUGCAGCGGGAGCUGCUGGAGCGGGACGAUCGGCGCCGGGCGCUGGCCCGGGGAUCCACCGAGCGCCGCCUCCUGCCCGCGACCCCCCCGAGCCCCCCCCGGCGGCGCCAGGUCUGCCGCGACCCCGCCGUGCACAACGCGCUCUACGCCGGGGACCUGCGCCGCGUCCAGAGCAUCUUCAGGGACGAGGCCGCGGCCAACGCGGUGCUGGAGACGGUCAGCGAGGAGCUGGUGUGGUCACCGGAGCAGGGGCUGUGGGUGCUGAGCCCCCGCCGGCAGCACACCUCCGCCCUGCGCAUCGCCGCCGCCCGCGGCUACGAGGACUGUGCCCGGCACCUGCUGCUGCGGGGCGCGGCCGUGGACGCCGUGGUGGGCGGCAGAGCCCCCCUGCACGACAGCGCGGCCGCCCCCCACCCCAACUGCGCCCGCCUGCUCCUGGCCUUCGGCGCCGACCCCAACGUGCUGAGCGCCGACGGCUCGGCCCCGCUGCACCUCUGCACAGCGCCCCACAGCCUCAGGUGUGCGGAGCUGCUGCUGGCGCACGGGGCGCAGGUGAACCUGGGCACCCGCGACCGGCAGCUGACAGCGCUGCACGUGGCGGCGCGCCAGGGGCUGGUGGCCCACGUGGAGCUGUACCUGCACCACGGCGCCGACCCCUCCGUGCGCACCCACCAGGGCGAGACCCCCCUGAACGCGGCGGCGGCGGCGGCCGAGCGCCCCGAGGACUCGGAGCGCUUCCUGCGCGUGGCCGAGCGGCUGCUGGAGGCCGGCGCCGAGCCCGGGGCCGCGGGGCGCAAGGGCCACACGCCGCUGCACAACGCCUGUGCCAACGGGCACCCCGGCAUGGCCCGGCUGCUGCUGCGCCACGGCGCCGAUGCCACCGUGCCCAACGGCGCCGGGGACACCCCCAUGGACUGCGCCCUGCGCGCCGUGCGCGAGUACCGCCAGCAGCGCCCCGAGGAGACCCUCGCCCUGCUGCUGGACCACGGAGCCCUCCCCGCGCACCCCAAGAUGCUCAGGCUGUGCUGCCAGCACCCGCCGGCGCUGGAGGUGAUGCUCAACGCCUACGACCGCGUGCCUCCCGCCGACGGCUGGGUGGAGGCCGUGCCCCCCGAGCUCUGGGAGGAGCACCAGGAGUUCUAUGCCUCGGCCGUGCGCAUGGCGGGGCAGCCGCGGCGGCUGCAGCACCUGGCACGUGUGGCCAUCCGGCGUCACCUGGGCGCCCGCUGCCGCGCCGCCGUGCCCAGGCUGGCACUGCCACCCCCCCUGCGCCGCUACCUCCAGCUGCCCAUCGAGGGGCUCAUCUCCUGAGGGUGCCCUGUGUGUGCCCACUGGAGUCCCCUCCACGUCCCCUUGCUCCCCGUGCCCUGGUGUCAAUAAAGGACGUGGCAGAGGUG